GUGGUUACGCGGGCGGGCCAAUCAGGGAACGGCGGCGGGCAGUGUUGGCCGCGCUGCACGAGGUGGCGGACACAGAAGCCGCCGCUGUCGCUAACCACAACCACCACAGCCACAGCCGCCUCACAGCCGUCGCCGCGUCUCUCUCUCUCACCCCCCCCCCCACCUCGGCUGCUGGCUCGGCUCAUGUCUCGUCGCGCUCGCUCGCCACUCGCACCCACGCCCUUCGCUCCAGCCACCGCGACACCAUGUCCGGUAACUUCUGGCAGAGCUCUCACUUCCAUCAAUGGAUACUGGACAAACAGGACAUCAUGAAGGAGCGACAGAAAGACUUGAAGAACCUCACUGAAGAAGAAUACUGGAAGAUACAUAUCUUCUUUGCGAAUGUUAUCCAAGCGUUGGGUGAGCAACUAAAACUCAGGCAACAAGUCAUAGCGACGGCCACUGUUUACUUCAAGCGAUUCUACGCGAGGUAUUCCCUACAAUGUAUAGAUCCUGUGCUGAUGGCUCCUACAUGCGUGUUUCUGGCCUCAAAAGUGGAGGAAUUUGGAGUUAUAUCGAAUAGUCGCCUCAUCACAGCCGCCUCGACCGUGUUCAAAAACAAGUUCUCUUACGCGUUUUCAAAAGACUUCCCUUUCCGAGUCAAUCACGUGUUAGAAUGUGAAUUUUACCUACUUGAGCUAAUGGAUUGCUGCUUGAUUGUGUAUCAUCCUUACCGGGCGCUUACACAAUAUGUGCACGACAUGGGGCCUGACGAGCAGCUGCUGCAGAUUGCCUGGAAAAUUGUAAAUGAUACAUACAGGACUGAUUUAUGUUUAAUGUAUCCACCCUUCAUGAUUGCACUAGCGAGCCUGCACAUGGCGUGCGCCAUCCAGCAGAAGGAGCCUCCCAAGGAGCACCAGAAGGAGGUGCUGCGCGAUGGUCGGCACUGGUUUGCGGAACUCUCCGUCGACAUGGACAAGAUCCUGGAAAUAACUCGAGCCAUCCUCAAGCUGUACGAGGUGUGGCAGAGCUACGACGAGAAGAAGGAGAUUGCCUCAAUCCUCAGCAAAAUGCCCAAACCGAAACCUCCCCCCAACGGGUGAGUGGGAAACAAUCUCGCGUUGGUACAGUCCAGGGAUGUUGAUCACGAAAACCCCCUCUGUGACAAGGCGCGCUGACAGUGCACAUUCUCUGAUUGCCUGGAAACCCCCCCCCCCACUGAAAACGGCAGCAUUUGUUUUAACAAGCCUGGCUCUUGCCGAUGAGACCCGGACGAUUCAAAGCUGUCGCAGAGGUCGCUUGCUUCAACAAAUGCUGAUUGAGGCUGAUGGACUCAAAAAAUAUAUUUUUUAUCUGUAUGUCCACUCACAGAAACGUAAAUUUACUUGUAUACGCUUUUACCCAUAAUGCUCCACGGCAACACUUGAUCGGAUUGUGUGCCCUCGGGGAGCGAAGCUUGUUAGCAUGCAUUUUGAUUCCUUAUGAUAGCCUUUUUGGCUUUGUAAUCUGCAAGUAGAUUCCUCAGGCUCACUUUGUGGUUUAAUUGCGCUGCAUUGUCGUACACGUGACGAAAAGAACAAAAUGUGUUUUACUCGGACAAGGCAACUGUAAGGGUGGAGAUUAGCCUGUGGUGUCAUCUCCAAAGUGUAGCUCCUUAUUUGCCAGCAGUGUACAUGACAAGUUUUAAAACUUUUUCCGCGAUUGUAAAAUAAAAACUGACCAAUGUUUUUUUUCCAUUAAAAAAAAAAGGUUUCAUUUGUUUGAAUUGCCGAGAGGUCAUUCUUCCACGUGAUCGUUUUCCAGUCGCAUUCGUUUGUUCAACGAGGUAAAACGUGGCCCAAUUGAUUUCACACAGUCUCAUCGGCAAGGUGUGGCCUCUGUAGACCCACGUACACAGCUGAACUCAUGUCAAGAAGGCCGGUAGUCCGAUAUUUCAAUCCACACUCGCCUACUUGGUGUUCACAGCGACUCGUCGUGUGUAAUGCAAGACGCAGCCCCACAUUGCAUUUUCAAAAGGGAUUUGAAUUGGAAACCCCAUUUGUGCGAAUAAAGGAAUAUUUAAAAUGAA